UCUGGGAGAGGAUGAUUAUGCCGAGGGCUCCUCUAUAGAAGUUUUGCAGCGGAAGGUGUUGGGUGCGUAGGGUUGCAGUCGAGCGAUCGUCUUUGUAUGCUCUGUCAACGCGUCUCCCUGCUUCCUCUACCCAGACACGGAACGUUCGUAUCGGAUGUCCCGUUGCGCCCUGCCGUGAUCCAAGCCCUUGCUUUUUCAGGUUCAGGUAUCGAGGGAGGGAGCGGUCAGUCUGGCCUAGGGCUGGGCGUGUCGCGGUUGGUUCGACAUACAAGCACGGCGGUAAGUCUAAGGUGCAGCCUCCUCGUUGCUCGACUCAGGAGCUGUCGACAAGGCUGAGAAUGCUGCAAAGGCUUAACAGCCUUCUCGUCUAGCCUUUUCGUCUGCUGAUGGCUUUUCCAGAUCGCGCAACCGUCAACGAUCCAAGCUGAGAUCAGGAAACAACAAGAAGGUGUAGCCCUGUAUGCUGUUGGAGCUCAUAUGUGGACUUGAUGAAGGUUGAGACGCGUUUGCAAGGUGAAAAGACGCAGGGUGGUUGGCGUGUGAACAAUGCAGGGUGGACCAAGCGUUCCGUGAAGGCACUUUGGAGUGACUGUGCCCUCUUCCUCCGUGACCUUCAUCAUUUCUCUCCCGUUCCUCAUCACUCACGCUCGCCUCCGAUCAUGAUCUCCCUUGCGCUGGUCUUCGACGCCCUCCUCCUCUUCCUCGUGGCAACCAGCGCUCUCUUCGACGCCAUCAACAGGUUUAGGCGGGUGAUCCACGUCUUUGUCCGCGAGGAGCGGUUGGUAUUGGCGUGGAGGCGCACCGAGCUCGCUCAGCUUUGCGCCCUCUGCGUCUUCGAAGUGUUCUUGUUCAGCGUCUGCAUGUCCCUCUGGUUGGAGCAGUAUCACGCUGGCCCGGAGACGGACAGGCUCCAGGCGACGGGGUUUGCCUCUCUGGCGAUCGGACAGGGACUCUUCCACGGCAACCAGGUGUGGAUGAACGUGAACGACGUUCCUAACGACUUUGCACUCUUGUUUUGAUUCAGGAGCAGGGGCAGAUGCAGAUGCAGCCUCGAGGUCGAAAGCGUGGCGCGACUGCCUUCAGCCCGAGCUCCAACGCGCCUGCCUCGUCACGCGUCAGGAAGGCACGACGCUUGGAUGGCGACACUGCUGAAUCCAUAUUCCCAA